CUUUUAUCACGAUUCUCACAACAUAUCAGAAAUAGCUUCAGGAAGUUAUUCUUUAAUAUUAUUACUUGACUCGUUCACCUAUUUUUGAAUCCCCGAUCACUCGACCAGAUAUGCGUACCUCAGCAUAUACAGCAUUGCUUGGGGGUCUUCUCGGCCUAUCCUCUGCAGCGGUUAUCGAACGUUCCGCCGUUGAAUUGAAGCCUAUCAAGCCUGACGCUUUCGUCCCUGGAUUGACGCCGAGAUCUGAGGGAGAAGCACCAACGGUCUUGAGACCAAUCAAUCCCGAUAUCUUCGCUGCGGUGAAUGGGUUGAAGCCCAGAGCUGAUGUCGACUUUUCCAAAUUGGAUCUUGCCGACCAGGCGCAGCUCAUUUUCGGUGCGCCAGGGGAAGACGGCAAUGUCAUGUUGGCAAACAUGACGCUUUAUGCUCCGAGUGGACAGCAAAUUGUCAUGAUGGAGUCCUUUGAGGGACUCACUUCGGCCGUGGACUGCAAAGGAGAUGACGGCGAAAUGGCUCUGACAUUCAAAUCUCAAGAGGCUUUCGACUAUGCCCAUAAGCAGUGGUCAUUUAUCAACGAGAAGUCGGAAAACGCAUUCUUGCUCAUUGCGAACCAUGACGGGUGCGGUCCGGAUGAUGAGAGACAAGCUUACAAUAUUACCGGGAUUGACGAUGUUGAUGGAACAUUGACCACUCUUCUCAAGGCUUCUCCGGCCAGCUGGAGCGAUAUUUCCGGCACCUUUGACCUUGAUUUCGGCUAUGCAUCUCUUACGCCUGAUGCCGCCCGGCGCCUAAGGGCUCGUGGAAUUGGUGAUUUUUUCGAUGAUAUCACGGAUACUAUCGGGGAUGGACUUGAUAGCAUUGGCGAUGCUUUCGGAAGUAUUGGGGAUGCCGAGUUCGAUAAAUCAGUCUCUUUCGACGUUAGUGUUGGAACCGAAGGAAAGAGGACCGAUAUCAUCCCUAAACUCUUCGCCUGUGUUGAUUGCUUCAUCACUGGAAAAUUCAAGGUCGCUGGUAAAUUAUCGGUCGAUAACUUCGUCGUUAAGGAUUUGACCCUUGGAGCAUCCCCCGAGGACUUUCGCGCCAAAAUGAUCAUGGAAGCGAGGGUUUCCGCUACGCUUUUGAACGGUAUCCCAGGCCUUAACCUGACGCAGGAGCUGGCUAGUUUCCCCAUCCCAGGUGCCGGAAUUUCUGUUCCUAAGAUCUUCGAGCUUGGCGCUAUCAUUACUUAUGAAGUCGGUGUCGAGUGCUCUGUCACCGGUGAGGCAAACUUUACUUUCGGCCUCAGUGCCUCUCUUCCAAACAGUGCCCUCGUGUCUCUCAACUUGGCGGAUGUCUCUCAGAGCCAGGCUUCCGGUUUUGACGGUGCUACUUUCGACCCCGUAUUCGAUAUCAACUCUGGCUCCGUUUCCUUGAAUGUUGCCGCUAUCUCUCGCCCUAAACUUACCUUCGGAAUUGAGAUUAUUGGUGUCGGAAAGCUUGAGGCUGCCCUCAAGAUGGGUCUUCCUGUGGUCAGCACUAAGCUCACUGCUGCUUUCGAUGAGCAAGGUGUUUGUGAAAAGACUCCGACUGCCUCCAGGACUGGUUUCAAGGUCAACUCCGACGUCUCCGUUAACCUCGCAGUCAGUGUCGAUGGGUCGAUUGGAAGUGUUUCUACUGGUCUUGAAAAGAACCUCUUCACAUUCAAGCAACCCCUCCUUGACAAGUGUUUCCCCCUCAACAUCCCGGCCCUCGACCCCAAGCCCUCCCAGACCACCAGUGCGCUACCCUCGGCCUCGGCGACCGCCGCCUCAGCCAAGGAUACUAUCAGUGGAUUCAAGCCCGGGAACCUUACACUCCCGGGAUCCAACCACUCUGAGCCGAUCACGAAUCACACCGCACCCAGCCCUACUGGUAGAAAGCUUCCUCUGAGAGCUUUGAGAUUUUCCCACUAA